GCGUAUGAGCUCGUGCGGUCUUUAUAGUGGCGACCCACCCUCGUAGGUGAUGAGACAGACCCUGCUUUUCGGGCUCGGGAGUCUCUGCUACUGGCAGCUACAUCUUCACUACACACACGAUAACGCAAACGUCUGGAAACGGGGAGAGACAGACAGACAUGCAACUCUAUCCUGAAGUCAAACUCCUCUUCCUACUCCAAAGAUAUCAUUAAAGAGUAUGCCAUUUACAUUUUACGUGAUCAGUUCGACCAUCGCUUCUGGCAUAGGAAUCAUUUUCAAUGGUUACAUACUCUUUGUAUUGUUAUGGCACAGAAGUCUACAAACGGCUAACAACGUGCUGUUACUACAUUUAGCCUUUGUGGAUUCGUUUUAUUGUGUUGUGAUCUUGGUAUCGAACUCGGUCGUCGGUUCGUUUGUAGAUUCUACAAUUUGCAACGUGUUUGGAUUCGUCUGGACUCUACUACCCACCGUUGUGGUAUGGACCGUAUGUGGACUCAGCUGUGACAGAUAUGCGGCCAUAUCGUCACCCCUACACUAUUCUAGACUCGUCAACAGCAGGAAGGCAGUAUAUUUCGCGGCAGUAUCGUGGUUUUUGGGUUCAAUUCUGGCCGUUCCACCCUUUAUAGGAAUCUGCCAUUACGAUUACAGGGAUUCCAGACUGUACUGCUCCGCAUCCUGCACCAGUGGUAACGUGUUCGAGACCAGUUACGUUAUCGUCUACACCGUCAUAUCUGUGAUUUUACCAUUACUAAUCAUCCUGAUCUCCAACUUGCACAUACUCAUGAUUGCCAGAUACCAUAGGCACAGGAUCGUCUCGGCCAUAUACGAAGUAACACUACGAGCUCAGGCAACGGUAACGCAUCAACGUAACCCGUGCUACUUAUCGAAAUUCAAGGGAAGGAAUGCUUUUUUGACUAUUUUACAACUAGUCGGAUCCCUAACCAUUUUCGCGCUACCAUACUUCAUCAUUAUGGUAUGGGAGGUGCUGUCUUGUAGUUUUGCUGAGCCCAAUUUAGUGGCAACGGUUACUGUACUUCUAACCUGCAUGCCACCCGUUAACGCAUACGUGUAUGGUGUCAAGAGCAGAGUCUUGAGGCAGACACUAAAAAUACUACUACAAAGACACCUGUACAAGAAAGAAGCCACGCGAGAAGUCAGGAGGAGAUUAAUAGUGGCACCACUUAAUCUAUCCAGAAGGUAUUCUGUACCAUCCAAUACACAGGUGACUACACCGAACACGAGUACGGCAAAUACAUGUGAGAAGAGAUUAGACAGAAGAUUAAGUCUACCGGAUAGCAAAAAUGACGUAAAAGUAUCGACUGUAAGUAAAAUCAAGCUUCCUACCUGUGACGAAGAAGUCAGAAACGACACGGAAUGCCUUUAAGAAUAUCCAAAAAAAAAAAAAAAGAAAAUUCAAACAUAAUCAUGCUUAUGGGUGCUACAUGCGUUACGUGAAGAUUCUACACACUUAAAUCUAACAAAAAAU